AUGAAGACCCCAACGGAACACACUGUGACACAAGAACCCCCUAUCUUCGACUUAACUCCACAGUCAUUGAAAGAAGAGGCACUGAAAAUCACCAAUACCACCACCUCAAUCUGGGAUUUGGUGGUAGCCGGAGUCCAAAUUGCCGACGCCUCUUUUGAAAACGCGAUCUGGCCCAUCAUCCAGGACGAAAACGUCAAGUUUGAGAAGCAACGCCUCCUACUUUUCUAUGCAUCAACCUAUCCAGCCAAAGACGUGCGAGAUGCAUCAAACGAUGUUUCCAACAUGCUGACUGAUGCUGAAGUCGAACUAUUCUCCCGACGAGACAUGUUCCUCCUGGUUGACAGCGUAGUAACCAAAGCAAAGCACCGGGAAUGCGCCCAGGAUGAAGAGUCCAAUCAUUAUCUGCAGAAGCUUCACCGACGCUUCCUUCAAAUUGGAUGCGGUAUUGCCGACGAUGUCCUCAGGAACGAUUUCAAAGCAAAGAUGAAGAGAUUGAAUCAUCUUGAGAGAGAUUGCAACAGGAAUCUGCAUGAGGAGACCACGGGCCUCUGGCUCACUCCGAAUGAGCUAGAGGGCCUGCCCAAUGCUAUUUUAGAUCGACUCAAAGAGGGCGAGGGCAGCCAAGCUGGUCAACUGUGGCUCCCCACAAAGACACCUUUUAGCGCCCCGGCCAUGAAGAACGUGAAGAAGGAGUCGACAAGGAAGAAGAUUUAUUAUGCUGUUGAAAACAGGAUGGCAGGCAACGUCCCUCUCUUCCAAGAACUUGUUCUUCUCCGCGAUGAGACAGCCAGGAUGCUUGGGUAUCCAAACCAUUUCGCGCGGAAAACGAGCGACAAGAUGGUUCAAGGCCCUCAAAUGGUGGCUGAUCUGCUGUCAGAGAUUCGUGAGGCUGUGGCUCCUCUGGCUACGAGCGAUGCGGAGGAGCUUCUCCAGCUCAAGCAGCAGGAGAAAGCCGCCUUCGUAGAAUCCACAAACAAGGUCUUUCACUGGGACAUCCCGUAUUUCACCCAACGUCGUAUUGAGCAGACCGAGACGCAGGAGUUAGUAUUGUCCGAAUACUUCGAACUCCAGAUGACGCUUCAAAAACUGCUUCAGAUGUUUCGACAUCUCCUCGGAGCAGAACUCCGAAUAGUUGAUACUCCGCACUACCAGGGUCUCACUUGGCACGAAGAUGUACAGAUGUAUACGGCUUGGAAAGUUGAUGGCGAGACUGACAAAUUCCUCGGUUACGCCUAUCUGGAUCUUUUCCCUCGGGAGGGGAAGUACAGCCAUUCCGGACACUAUGCAUUGCAGUUUGGCUACCAACGGCCUGAUGGAAGUCGUUUCUACCCAUCCUCAGCCUUGGUCAUGAACUACGUUAAAUCAUUGCCCGAUCAACCAACUCUUCUUAGCUUGGACGAUGUUCGAAAAUUGUUUCACGAACUUGGACACUUAUUCCAUGCCCUAUUCACAAGGAUCAAGUAUGCAGGACUCUGCCCAGUGGAUCGUGACUUUGUUGAAGCCCCAAGCAAGAUGUUGGAGCAAUUCUUCUGGGUAGAGCGCCAUAUCAAAGACAUCUCCUAUCAUUAUUCAUAUAUUAGUCCAUCAAUGAUGUCUGUUUGGAGGACUAGCAAUGGAAAAUACUCCGACCUACAGCCCCUGAAGCCACCGCCCGUUCAACUCGAUGAUACCCAAGCGGCAGCUCUAUCCCGAAGAAACAAAAAUGGAAAUGUCCGAGCCCAGCUGAAUAACUUAUUCUUCGCCACAUACGAUAUGAUUAUCCAUAGCCCGGCUUCGAGGGAAGAGUUGCUGCGGACUAAUCUCACGGAGCUGUUCAACAAGACGCGCUCGAAUAUCUCCGGUACUCAUGGAGGAGAGGCACUAGGGGAGGGAUGGGAAUGGGGCCAUGGCCAGACAGUUUUCCGAAACGUGAUUAACAGGUAUGAUGCUGGAUACUACAGCUACCUAUUAGGCACGGUACUUGCUUUUGAUAUUUUUGAGACUGGAUUUCGCCAGGAUACAAUGAGCAAAGAGGCUGGGCGACGAUAUCGUGACAUGAUUCUCCGUGUAGGCGGGAGCCAGUCCGAGAUGAAGACUUUGAGAGAUUAUCUAGGCCGUGAGCCGACUACGAGACCCUAUCUUGAGUGGCUAGGAGCUAGACCUCGGCACACAUAA